ACCCCUUGUCCAUCUAAGCGUCUGAAUUCUACCACCGUCAUCUAUCUCCUUACACUCAUAAUGGCCGACGUGCAGACUGUCUUAUCUGCACUAGAAGUGUUUACUGGUAACCCAGACAAGGCCUCCCUGGAAACUGCGAACAACUGGCUGCAGGAUUUCCAGCACUCCUCUGAGGCAUGGUCUACUUGCAAUAUUCUCCUCCUAUCCCCAGAUGUACCCUUCCCGGCCAAGCUGUUUGCUGCACAAACAUUCCGUACAAAAGUUAUCUAUGAUCUGCAUCAAGUAGAUGCUGCACAUCGUUUCGCUCUUCGCGAUACCUUGUUGACUGCACUGGAAAGGUUCGCGACUGGACCAAAAAAUAUCAUGGUCCAACUCUGUCUGGCGAUUGCUGGACUGGCGCUCCAACUCCCCACCUGGGAAAAUCCUGUACAAGACAUGAUAGAUUCCUUUGGACGUAAUUCGGCGACAGUGCCCACGUUGCUUCAGUUUCUCACACUGCUACCGGAGGAGCUGACCAGUAACACCAGAAUCCCCGUGACGGACGAAGAAUACAAGGAGCGAGAAGCUGUUCUCUUGACUGCAAAUGGUCAAAAGGUCUUGGAUUUAUUGUCUAUUUAUCUGCAGGCAACUGGUACUACGUCUGAUAUUCAGACUCAAGUAUUCCAUUGUCUCAGUAGCUGGCUAGCCGCUGGGGAGAUCACCGCUGUCUCAUUAGCGCAAACCCCCCUUCUCACCUAUGCUUUCGACGCACUAUCGUCGGACCAACUGUUUGAUGCCGCCGUGACUACCGUCUGUGACAUCAUACAUGAAACCCAAGAGAUUGAAGACAAUAUGCAAGUCAUCGAACUGAUUGUUCCCAGGGUCAUUGCGCUCAAACCUAAAUUGAGCGAAUUCAAGGAUGACCCGGACAGGAUUAGGGGAUAUGCUCGUAUCUUCACGGAGGCUGGAGAGACGUAUCGCAGCUUGCUUCUGCAUCAUACGGAGACGUUCUUCCCCAUCGUGGAAGCUAUCGGCGAAUGCUCCGCAUACUCUGACCUGGACAUCGUGCCCAUCACGUUUCACUUCUGGAUGCGUCUAGCGCAAAGUAUUGGCAAGAAGCCAUCCGUCUCCCCGUUGUUUUUGGAUGCCUACAAGGCCUUGAUGGAUGUCAUGAUCCGUCACUUGCAUUUCCCUGCGGAUUUCACAACCCUUACCGGUCAGGAGGCGGAAAAUUUCCGUCAAUUCAGACACGUCAUGGGCGACACCCUCAAGGAUUGUUGCUACGUUCUCGGCGCCGACGUUGGUUUAAUGACAGCCUAUGACAUGAUCACCACAGCCUUGUCUCAAGGACCCAACAUUUCAUGGCAGGAGAUCGAAGCGCCGUUGUUCUCAAUGAGGUCGAUGGGUGCGGAGGUGGACCCUAAGGAUAACAAGGCUGUCGCCAAGAUUAUGGACUUGAUUCCGUCCCUGCCCACACAUCCAAGAGUCCGAUAUGCAGCGCUUCUCAUCAUCGCAAGAUAUACCGAAUGGAUCAACAGGCACCCUGAAUACAUACCAAAUCAACUCCAGUACAUAUCCGCGGGUUUCGAAGAUCCGGAUCCUGAAGUGAAUGCCGCUGCUGGACAAGCUUUGAAAUACCUUUGUCAAGAUUGCAGUCGGCAUCUCGUGGACUUCCUACCUCAGUUGCACACCUUCUUAGGAUCCAUGGGUAUGAAGUUGUCACAAGAUGACAAGGUUCAGGUCUAUCAUGCCAUAGCCUACGUGAUUUCCGCUAUGCCCAUGGACCAGGCUGCGCAGUCGUUGCGUACUUUUGCUUUGGAUAUUGUAGCUCAGGUCCACACCUUCACGGCGAAACCAACGGCACCAACAAAGGAAGAGAAACAAGCCAUCAAUGAUGCCAUCGAAAACCUUGAAGUGAUGUUGGGUAUCAUAGAUACCUUUGGAGAACAACUGCCUGCCGCUUGCCAGAACACCUGCCAAGAAGCGUGGGCCAUCUUUGAACCUUUCAUUGUGAAAUACGGUGCCGACUAUGUUUUGUGCGACCGAGCUACUCGGAUCCUCCGUCUAGGCCUCAACUUCUUCGGCAAUGCGACACUACCUAUUAUUCCCUCCGUCUUGUCCCGUAUGGCGACUGAAUUCGAGACCACAGGGCAAUCUAGCUACGUCUGGAUAGCCGGGAAGAUUAUUGGCCGAUUUGGAAAAGAGCCAAAUCCGGCAUUGCGCACAGGCUUCAAGGACGCGUUCGAGAGAUGUUCGGCGAAGGUCAUGCGGAUACUUUCAGAGCAGUCGCCUUCUCAAGUGCCCGACGUAAUUGAGGACUACCUGCAAAUGGUCCUGCAAGUAAUUGAUUUCAUUCCUGACAUUCUUUUCCAGUCGACCGCCUUCCCGAUUACCUUCCGAACAGCAAUGGCAUCACUGACCCUUGUACAGUCUGAUGCCGUUUUCGCUGCGCUGGAAGUUAUUCGAUCCAUCGUAGCUCAUGACUGUCUUUCGCCGGCUCCCAAUCAGCCUCCAGAGUUUCCCGCAUUCGCUGCUGCUAUUCGUGCUGUCGUUGACCAGGAAGGUCUGGCCUUGACCGGCUACAUAUUGUCUGGCUUUACAGGGGACUUCCCAGAGGAGGCUUCUAGUGUAGUUGUGUUCAUUUUGCGCAUGCUGGCGGCCGUGUGGCCGACUCAGAUGCUUUCUUGGCUCCCUGUGGUGUUGCAACAGCUGCCUUCGACUUCUGUUCCGGAUCAGGCUAAGGCUACUUUCCUCUCAGAAAUAACUCGGUGCGUAAUUUUGGUGCGUAUAGAAGACAUGUCAUACUCAAUGAUUCUUAAUAUAGGGCUAUCAAUUCAAAAGAGUACGACAAAGUGAAGCAGGCGGUGAUUGGGUUGGAUCGUGCAUCCCGGAAAGCACGGGAUAGGCGGAGAGUAAGCCCGUUGGAUAAUUAAAGAGUAUUGUUGAGUGAGAAGUAUACAAUUCUGUGAACUAGACCAUAAUGUUGUAAACAUAUACGAAUACAUGAGGCGUUGCAAGUCGAUGUUUAUGAG